GGGAGACCUACUUAGUACAUCCCACAACCACGUGGAAAGGGAGUGGACAGUGGUGAACGAAACAACGGUGGACGGUGACGAACGAUGGAGGCUCCUUCGGAUCGCUCGCUCAUGAUGGACAACGUCCGGGUCCUUUUGCUGGACAUCGAGGGCUGCACGACGCCCAUCACUUUCGUGAAGGAUGUGCUGUUUCCAUACAUAAAGGAGCAUGUGCACGACUACCUGACAGAACACUGGGAGGAAGAAGAAUGCCAGGCUGAUGUGCAACUGCUAAGACAACAGGCGGAGGCUGACACGCAGCUUCCGGGCGCCGUGGCCAUUCCAUCUGAUGGCACGGCGAAGCAGGCGGUACUGGAUGCCGCCGUAGCAAGCGUGCUCUGGCAGAUGGCGGCUGACCGAAAGACUACAGCUCUCAAGCAGCUGCAGGGACACAUGUGGCGGGCUGCGUACGCCUGCGGGGAGGUGAAGGGAGAGGUGUAUGCCGACGUUGUGCCGGCUCUGCGAGCGUGGAGGGCAGCCGGGAAGCGUGUCUACAUCUACUCGUCAGGCAGCGUGGAGGCGCAAAAGCUUCUGUUUGGCCACACAACAGAUGGAAGUAUCUUGGAGCUUCUUGACGGUUACUUUGACACCAAAAUCGGCACAAAAGUGGAGGCGGCGAGUUACAAGCAGAUCUCGGCUGCCGUUGGCUGCCCAGCGAGCAGCAUCCUCUUUCUUACGGACAUCACCAAAGAAGCGGCUGCUGCUGAGGAGGCAGGCAUACGAGCCAUGGUGGUGGAGAGACCGGGCAACACGGAGCUUACCACUGACGAGAGGAAGCGAUUUCACACCACAAGCACAUUUUCCCUUUUGCACUGAAGUGAUGCAUGCCUUGGAUUGAAAAAUGCUGUUGUGAUCCCCACCCAAACCCCCAAAUACUGUGAUGUUUAACUGUACAGAUCAAAUUUGAUGCGCAUAACUAUUUGGUGCUUUUGUACAUUGUAAUUUACAAAGCCUGAGCAAUUGUUUGUUUCCUUAAUUUUUUUAAUUAAAUUUAGUUACUACGUGUGAACAUUUGAACCUUAUGGUGGUACCCCGGGUUCGCAUAGUACCCCGGCUUUCGUAUAAUGUCCGUGACGCAGUCAUUUUUAGUCUGUUGAUGGUCGGCGAUGCGGCAAACGACUCAUCUCGACGAGCUGUACUCACGAUGCACCACCACGGUGUGUACCGCGAGCGUUCGGGGUUUCAACGCAAUCGUCCUCGCUCCGUUUCGACAUGGCGGAGUAGCACCGGAUUCGUAUUGGUACCCCAGUCGCGGAGUGAAGUACACCCCUGGACAAAAAUAGUGUCCCAGAAAUAAAAUAUUUAAUUGUCUCGGCCAUUUUUUAAAAUAUUAUUUGGUACCCCGGGGUACCGCUAUAAGGGUCAUUUGUGCGUUACCCCGCCGUGCAUAUGGGUUUUCGCCGAUUGCUUUGGUGUUCUCGCACAAAACCAAACGCUUUGGUGAAAGGCGUAGCCCUUGAAAAUUCUAGCUCAUGCUACUGCUGGUGGGCCUCCGCUAAAAGAAGCUCUUAAUGCACCCCACUGGAGGGUAUUGUGCUACUCUCGUAGACUGUCAGAUGUCAUGGAAGUGGUGGGAGUACAAUACUCAUACUUUAACCCCAUCACUCGUGACCAGCAGAUUGACUUGAUGUCCUGUACCCAUUUGUGGUGCUGGGUGGACAAGAGGCUUGAGGUUUUAAGAAACAAUAAAAUAAUAAAAAAUAUAAAACAAUAAAA